UCCCCCAUGGCAGUUAGAAGUUUGGAAGUUUUUAACUUGCCAAAAUGGCACUGGCAGACGACAGCGGUUACGAGUCAGUGAUCUGUGUAAAGCCAGAGGUUCAUGUGUACAAGAUCCCACCCCGCGCCACUAACCGUGGAUAUCGAGCAGCUGACUGGAAGCUGGAUGAGCCAGCAUGGACCGGCAGGAUGAAAAUAAUAUCCAUAGGAAAGCUUGCCUAUAUCAAGCUAGAGGACAAAAACUCAGGAGAGUUGUUUGCCCAAGCCCCAGUGGAGCAGUAUCCUGGGUGUGUGGUGGAGGCAGUCACAGAUUCCAGCAGAUAUUUUGUGGUGCGGAUAGAGGAUGGCAGUGGACGACAUGCAUUUAUCGGCCUGGGGUUUGCUGAUCGUGGCGACUCCUUUGACUUCAAUGUGGCUCUUCAAGACCACUUUAAGUGGGUAAAACAGGAAGGUGAGCUGGCAAAAGAGGAAGCGUCUCAGAGCACAGCACCCAAACUGGACCUAGGCUUUAAAGAGGGCCAGACGAUCAAGAUCAGCAUUGGGAACAUAAAGAAGAAGGAUCCAGGUGCCAAGUCUCGGCCCAUGGGUAGUGGCCUUCUCCUUCCUCCACCAAUGGCUAAGGGUGCAGUCCUUGUAUCCCCUCCUGGAGGCCAGCAAUCACCUCCACCUACACACUCCAACACAGAUUUUGGAGGCCGGGUCCCUGCCGCCCAGUCUACUGCAGACCUGUGGGGAGACUUCACAGCAGCUGGCGCCAGCUCCAGUCAAGACACUGCUAAAGGAUGGGUGCAGUUUUAGCUGUGAGAUGGACCACAUACACACACUCUCUCACACACUCAGGCUCCUUACAUUCCCUGGACAGAAUGAUUGUGGCAACAGAAAUGAGAGGUGGGGGAGCUCUGUCAACUUGACAGGUUGCUUGACACAUGAUGCUGUACGUUACCUACACAUUUUGCAUACCAGAUGUAUAGAU